UACAGUCGGCCCGUUUCAUCAGCAAAAACCCUUACAGACCCUAUUUUUUUUUGGAAGCUCGUCGUCGCAUUCAUCCCCGCUGAGCUUUCAAUCGCAUUUUCGCAUUUUCACUUUCAAAGUUUCCUCAUUCUUGUCUCCCUGCUUUUGAUUCUCUCUCAGUUCGGAUUUCCACGCCGCUCUGCUGAUCCAUUAGUUGCAUAAGCAUGGAAGGCAGUGUACAGCCUUCAAUACAGGAACCUGCUUCGGAAGGACUUAAGCCAGAAAACAGUACCAGCACAUCCUCCGUUAAAUUUCGCUCCAACUAUGAUUCCCUGUUGAAGGAAGUUUUGGACGAGUCUUCCGAAGAUGAACAAGAAAUCCAAAUCAAUAGCUUCGACAUCGAUGUCAACGCCGCGACAGCUGAAUUGCCGGUGGAACUUAGAGCUGCGCUUGAAGAUCGUGCGUUAGCGGAAAAGUACUUGGCUAACCUGCGAAGCUUUAUGUCUCAGCAUCAGCGCAGUCUUUCUAUAGCCUCAGUACAGAGUAUGAAGGGAGAACACCCGAAUACAAAUGGCCAAGCCUUUUCAUCCCUGGAAGAUAACGCACCCAAUCCUCAAAGCCGAAAAGGGCUGUAUCCGUUUACGAACCUGAAGGACAACCCUUUACGCAAUAUUCGAUUGGUGCAUGGAAUACAGUCCGUUGCGGUUUUAGAGCAAAAGUUCAAUGCCCUGAAGAUUCCAGAAUUAGAACUACCCACUAUGCCUGAGACCACCAUACGGGCAAAACUUGAUGAACUGGAAAAAGUCAAGGACGACUUACAAAUCCAUUUGCAAGGUGGCCCGCUAGCGAGCCAAGACCGAUCAAACGACAUGCAUACUUCGGCUAAACAAAAGAAGAUAUCUCAGUUACUGGAAGAUGUCAUGAGCGAAAUUGGAUUUUACGAAGAAUUCGCAUCAAUAAUUUCGACUCCUUUUCCGAUGUGUCCAAGUCUAGUGGUCCCAAUGUUAUAUUCGCCACCUCACCUAGUAUGCCUUCAACACCUGCCCUUCUAUCCCCAUCAGCCUUAUCUCAAGGAAAUUUGUUUUCUCCAUCAACCUCACCAGCAAGACGUGUGACAAGCAAUUCACCAGAUGCCAGAUCUUUUCCGGCGUCCCUCCUUCGAGUCAAGUCUUCCAGUGCAUCCAUCUCUUCUUCCCGUUCCCGAAAUUCAUCGG